CGUGCACGGCACGCAUGACGCCCCCCCGGGGGCUGCAUGACCCCAUGCAUCCCACCCCAGCCCUCGAAGCCCGGCCUGCUCAGUGCUGAGCACAGCGUGCGUGUGUGUGCACAUGCGUGUGCACACGUGCGUGGGCUGGCCCAGCCUCCAGAGCUCAGUGCCCACGGUGGGACCGUCGCCUCGCCUUGCAGACACCAUGGUCCCGCGGGCCUGCUGCCUGCUGGUGGGGCUGUGCGCCCUGCUCCCCCAUACCACCCCCCAGCAGGACCCCCCGGGGGACCCUGAGCGCUGUGGCAUCACCUUCCACGCCCCGAACCCCUGCGGUCCACCCCACGUGCCAUCCCCUCUUGCCUCCCGCGAAGAGCUGGAGCACCUGCAGAGCCUCUUGCAGCAGAACAGGGCCACGCUGCAGGAUGUGGAGGCGGCGGCGGUGCUGGAGGAACCCCAAUCCCGGUACCAGGAUGUGAUCAAUGAGGCUCUGCCUGCCAUCCGUGGGGCCAACCAGGAAUUUGGGGAGAGCCUGGACAACGUGCGCAGGGAGCUGGAGGCUCACGUGGCCCAGAGCGAUCACCCGCAGGUGGUGGAGAAGAGGGAGAAGCUGCGCAAGGACCUCCGCCUGGUGGCCCACGUGCUGAAUCUCACCUCCCACCUUGCCCACGUCCUCGACGCCUCCUCCCAACGCCUCCAGGAUGAGCUGAGCCACCGCCUGCAGCGCUCAGCCGCCCGUGCUGCUGCUGCCCAGCCGUAGGACACGGGCAGGGCUCUGCCACUGCUAUCCAUACAGCCUCGCUUGCUGCAGAGCUCUGAGCCCCUUUGCUUCUCCCUGAACAUGCUAUGCCCAUGCAACCAUCUGCAGCCAGCCAAAAUCAGCCAAAAUCUGAGAAACAUGGAACAUCUCAAGCUGGAAGGGAGCCCCAAGGAUCACUGAGUGCAACCCCAAAAAUCCAAACUCAGUGUCUGUCUUCA